AUGAAUUGGCUCCGUCUUCUUGCACUGACUCCUCUUGCGUUCGGGGCUCCGGCGAGCGAUUUGCAAAGACGACAGGAGGGGUCUGAAAAUGUCCAGCUUAAAGUACCCAACUCUGCGCCGGAAGGCCGUCAGAUUGUCGACGCCAGUUUCCAAUCGUACUCCAUUGAGUUUUCUUAUAUGCUAGAUUUCGCUGGUAAUGCGAGCCAUCCAAACUCCUAUUCUCAUCAGAUGAUACAGAACCUAGGCGAUAUUGCAGGUUCUUAUCCCAUUAUUCGUGCCGGCGGAACAACACAGAAUCGAGCCACCUAUCUUGCAAACCAGGUCGAGGCGUUGAUAGCAAGAUACUCAACGCCAGGUGCUGAUCAGCCAUCUUCGUUGGCAGUCGGGCCUGCCUGGUUCGAGUCUUUCCAGCAGUUCCCAAAGGGUACUCAGUACAUAUACGGUCUCAACUUCUACGAUGGCGACGAAGGCAAGGCUCAGACCGUGCUUCAGGCCGGUGCAGCCUACCGUGGCAUUGGAAAGGAUCUAUACGCAUUUGAGAUUGGCAAUGAAGUCAAUGGCUGGGCUGGUGGCAGUCGUCGUCCAGCGAACUAUACUACCAAAUCGUAUGUAGACCAAUGGACUGAGUACUCAGACGCCAUUGGCAAGGACGCUCUUGGCGAGGACGACGCAGAGCUCCAGCCUCUGUUCCAAGGUUGUGCUUUUACAGCACCACGCGACAUCGAACCCGGGAAUAACUCAGUCUGGAAUGUCCAAAGCGUGCUACAGCUGGGAAUGGCCGAGUCUGGUCGGCUGAAAACGGUUGCUGACCACGAUUACAUGGGAGCCAACUGCGAAGGUGCCAAGGUUCCUACUAUCAAAGACAAUAUCCUCAAUCACCAUCGCAUGACAUCCCUGAUGUGGUAUCAUGAAGCCCUCGGAAACUUCAGCGCCUCACAAGGUGUGCCGUAUGUGCUCGGCGAGACCAACUCGAUCUCUUGCCAGGGAACGCAUCUGGUCUCCGACGUAUUUGCCUCCGCUCUGUGGGCAGUCGACUACGUGCUAACGUCCCCGGCCCCGAUCCCGGCCGCCCCCCCUUCCCGGCCGCCCUCGGCACCCACACACGCCUUCUCUUCAACAUCAAUUGCCCAUCACCAUAAUGCAUAA